AGAGGCUUGGCCGGCCCCCCUUCUCGGCAGCCAUUUUCUUAAAAGCUGUUAAACUUACUAUCUUUUUAGAGUACACCUGCGUUCAGGUAUAAUUAUCAACUCUUUUACUUACAGGUGUUUAAGGUGCCCUUCGACUUGUUUCUUUAGUAUUUAGAGAGAACGAGUGACGAAACAAGGGCACGCAAUGUGAUUUUUGGCCUUUCAAACGUCAUCCAAGAGGCAGGGCCUAAAAUGAAAACUGCAGAUGCCGAACUGCGUCCGCGAACUCCAGAAUGGCGUCCUGGUUCUUUAAGGGUGCAUGCCAAGGGGCGGAGCCUGGAGCAGAAGUUGUAAAGCACUGCCGAAGUCCGGCAGAUAAAGGGCGGAAGUAGGGUGUCCAGUCCCGCAGACAUGGCGCAGGAAGAGGAAGAUGUUAGGGACUACAAUUUGACUGAAGAGCAGAAGGCUAUCAAGGCCAAGUAUCCGCCAGUCAACAGGAAAUACGAAUAUUUGGAUCAUACAGCGGAUGUCCAGUUACAUGCAUGGGGAGAUACCCUGGAAGAAGCAUUUGAGCAAUGUGCAAUGGCCAUGUUUGGUUACAUGACAGAUACUGGGACUGUGGAGCCCCUCCAGACAGUAGAAGUAGAAACCCAAGGAGAUGAUUUACAGUCUCUUCUGUUUCACUUUUUGGAUGAAUGGCUUUAUAAGUUCAGUGCUGAUGAAUUCUUCAUACCCCGGGAAGUGAAAGUGCUUAAUAUUGAUCAAAGAAAUUUCAGAUUACGGUCAAUUGGGUGGGGAGAAGAAUUUUCAUUGUCUAAGCACCCUCAGGUAUGUCUUAAAUUUCAGCCAUUGAAAACGUUACUUAGUUACACUACAGUUCACAUAUGUGACAAUAAACUUCAACCAGUUCUAAUAAUUGGUGUAAGGUGUUAGUUUCUCAAUCUUCUCUGUCUAUCUGGAUAUAUUAUGUUAAAACAAUGAUUUUGACAGGCGCAGUGGCUCACACCUGUAAUCCCAACACUUCCGAGACUGGGGCAGGUGGAUUGCCUGAGCUCACGAGUUUGAGACAACCUGAACAAGAGUGAGACCUUUGUCUAAAAAAAUAUCUGGGCAUUAUGGCAGGCGCCUGUAGUCCCAGCUACUUGGGAGGCUGAACCAAGAGGAUCCCUUGAACCUGUGAGUUUGAGGUUGCUGUGAGCUAAGACACCAUAGCACUCUACCAACAGCGACAAAUUGAGACUUCUUAUCUCCAAAAAAAAGAAGAAAAGGACCUCACACAUAUGAUUUGGUGGAUCAGGAGUCAGCAUUGGGUUCAGGGUCAGGUUUGCUCAGAUUGCUGUGGAAGUGAAAGUUCCUUUGCCUUUUUGAGUUUUGGUUUCUUCUUCCAUAAUGAAGAUGUUGGAUUAGAUAUUUGCUAAAAUACCUUCUAUCUUCUGUGUUUUUUUUUUUUUUUAAGGUAAGCAUGAAACAAAGUUUAUUGAGAAAGAAAAGAUAAGUUUACCGAGCCGGAUACAUUUGCCAUAGUCAUCAAAUGGGCCCCCAUUGUUGUGACAAAGAAAAGGCAAAGAGGCCUCUUCCGUGUUUUUCUAAAUUCUGGCAAAAAUUCAAUGUUUGGGGCGGUGCCCUUGGCUCAGUGAGUAGGGCACUGGCCCCAUAUAUCGAGGGUGGCAGGUUCAAACCCGGCCCGGGCCAAACUGCAACAGAAAAAUAGCUGGGCGUUGUGGCAGGCGCCUGUAGUACCAGCUGCUUGGGAGGCUGAGGCAAGAGAAUCGCCUAAGCCCAGGAGUUGGAGGUUGCUGUGAGCUGUGUGAUGCCACGGCACUCUACCAAGGGCCAUAAAGUGAGACUCUGUCUCUCAAAAAAAAAAAAAAAAUUCAAUGUUUGCCAACUUGUAAGGACUUAACUCUUUUUCUUAGUUUGUUUCUUUCUUUAUUUUUUUUGAGUGAGAGAGCCUCACUUUCUUGCCCUCAUAGCUAUAGCAAUUUCAAACUCCUGGCCUCAAGUGAUUGUCUUGCCUCAGCCUGCCAAGUAGCUGGGACUACAGGCGCCUGCCACAAUGCAGCUGUUUUUAGAGACGGGACCACUCCCUGGCUCAGGCAGUCCGCCCACCUCAGCCUCCCAUAGUGCUAGGAUUACAGGCAUGAGCCGCCACACCCAGCCAAUUUUAGGCACUUUAGAUAGACAUGUAACAGGACAAAUGAGAUCUUUGUACUUAACUGAGGUUAAAAUUUAGUAGAAGGCCAGACAAACGUGUAAAGAAAUAAAUAAUACAAUUUUAGGGUUAGAUGAUGGAGGGGGAAAGGUGGUCAGAAAAGGCAUAUUUGGCUUGGCACUCGUAGCUCAAGCGGCUUACCGGAGCUGGCAGGUUGGAAUCCAGCCUGGGCCAGGGAGAAGAAACAGGUAUAAAGGCCUGAAGUGAAGUAGGUUAUGUUGAAGGAACUGCAAACUGAAGUUAAGACAGAAGGGAGAAUAGUAGGAAACAAAGUUGUGCAGAUAGGACCACAGCCUCUCUAGUAAAUGUUGGUAGUGGGGUGUGGGAGAUAGUGCUGAACUGGAGAAAUGGGCUUUCCAUAGGAUAGGGACAGGCCAUUCAUUGUAACUGGAGGAGAGGCUCAUAGUAGAUUUGAUGGUGGAAAGAUGAGUCCAUUUCUAUUGAUUUUAAUUUCCUUCAGGAAACACAGUUGGCUGAGAGUGAGAAUGAGGGAGGGAUGCUAGAGAAGAAGAUGUGAAAUAAUUUUCUCAGAGAGUGAGAAGUAGAAUUUAGAGGUAAAUGCAGGAUUAUGGUCACUGCUGAAUGCCUGUUUAGAUCUGUGGAUAUACAUUUAAGUUGAUACCAAUUUGUAUAGUAUUAAAUUUGAUUUAGGUUGUGCUUUUGCUGGGUGAUUAUGGUAGAAAGGAAAAAGCAAAGGUGCCGCCACUCAAUCUUUCUGUGAAAUCUUCAGAUUUCUUUUGUGCUGUGGAGCUAGCAAAUGCCAUUCACCCAUUGCCUGAUAACAUUUUGUGGUGUACAGAAUUAUUGUAGGUUCUUUUUAGAGCUGGAAGGAACUUAGGAGAACAUCUAAUCCUGUGGUUUUAAACUAGGGCAGGGUCGGAUAAAGUAUCAUGUAUCAGAAUUGUGUGGAGAGCUUUUGACCUGGGAAACUAUAUCUCACUCUUCAGCUGGACUUGGAAAGGAAAGAAUCCCAAGAGGUGCAGCUGAGGAGAAUGGGUUGAGGGCCUAGGUCAUUAUAAGGAAGUGGUUUGGGGCUUGAGAAGGAGCCCUGAGCCAUACAGUAGAAUAACUUGUGUUCAUUGAUUCUUCCAGUUACGUAAAUGAAAAAUCUGAUGAUCAGGCAGGUCAGAUAAUUUAUUUUUUUUUGUAGAGACAGAGUGUCACUGUACCGCCCUCGGGUAGAGUGCCGUGGCGUCACACGGCUCACAGCAACCUCUAACUCUUGGGCUUACGCGAUUCUCUUGCCUCAGCCUCCCGAGCAGCUGGGACUACAGGCGCCUGCCACAACGCCCGGCUAUUUUUUUUUUGUUGUUGUUGUUGCAGUUUGGCCGGGGCUGGGUUUGAACCCGCCACCCUCUGCAUAUGGGGCCAGCGCCCUACUCACUGAGCCACAGGCGCCACCCCAGAUAAUUUCUAGGUAGAAAAAAAGCCACGAUUAAGAAUUCCAACUUCUGGCUCGGCGCCUGUGGCUCAAGCGGCUAAGGAGCCAGCCACAUACACCUGAGCUGGCGAGUUUGAAUCUAGCCUGGGCCCAUCAAACAACAAGGAUGGCUGCAACCAAAAAAUAGCCAGGCGUUGUGGCAGGUGCCUGUAGUCCCAGCUACUUGGGAGGCAGAGGCAGGAGAAUCGCUUGAGCCCAGGAGUUGGAGGUUGCUGUGAGCUGUGAUGUCACUGCACUCUACCCAGGGUGACAGCUUGAGGCUCUGUCUCAAAAAAAAAGAAUUCCACGGGCGGCGCCUGUGGCUCAGACGGUAGGGCGCCGG